UAAAAAUCACUUAUAUCUCUAUUAUAAAGCUGCAGUAUGACAGUGCCGGUUUAUGGUUCCGCAUUGGGCGAUUUAUCACCAAAUGCGUCUCGCAAUUAUUUGUCAUGUCUAAUUUAAAUGUACUGGGGUAUAAGCGAAUAUAGGUUCAAGCGAAUAUAGGGAAUGUCUUUGAUAGGUUGUGAAAUUGAUGCAAACUCUAGGCUACAACAUUGACAAAAAUGUUUAUUUUUAUUCAACGGUAGGAUCAAUGAAAACAAAACGAUCCGUGGAAAUAAUUCCGCUGUAGCAAUUUUUUUAUAUAUAAAAGUAAUGUUAUUAACUGGAUCACUGGAUACAUCGUUUUAUUUUAUUUGCCUGUUCUGUAUGAAACACGUCGUGGUUUUUAUCUGAUGCUCUGGCGCUUACGUAUCCUGUACGUAUCAUAUAGUCUUUGCAGCGAUGCUCCAUUUUACUCCGGAACAUACAAGGUGAAAGACAGAUGAGCUGUUCGCGUAACAUUUCGGCAAAGAAAAUAUAUAUAUUUUUCGAGAUCAAUGUAAACAUUAACCAUACGAUCUGCACCUUUUUAUGAAGAUCUUGAAAAUCUGAAGCUAAAAUUACAUUUUAGCGGUUCAUAUAUGGGAUCAUAUGUGAAAUGGCGACGGUACCCUUUUAAAUUUUUACCAUUCUCUUCAUGUUUAUCAAAGGCACAGGCGAUGUUUAAGUAUAUCGUGCAAUAUUUACACUUUAUGCUUUAAACAGGAAAGAAGUUGGAUUCUUGCGUUUCUGGCAUAAGCUCGCCGGUCGGGAUACUCCGGUAAACCUUGAAUCAUUUAUGCGCGCACGCACCCAAGCUGUGACCAUUCAUUGCGUCUUUCUAAGAAACAGCCUUAACGCGUUUCGGUUUAGUUGAACUGGAUUAUAGUCUUUAGUUUUAGCAGUCCACAUCUGUCCUCAGGGCGCACAAAACGCGACAUAAGGAUCCGAAAACUUAACAUCGCUUUUGGGUCCCGACAGUCCAGCACCUGUCGGGCUGAGGACAUGACCGCGCCAUUCAUAUUUAAGUAAACUGAUGUGUUUGUGCAUAGCCCACAAGACAUCCAAAUAGACUUUAAUUUGACCUCGAUUAAAACCGACAGGACUAGAGUAUAUAUUGAUGGACUUACUCUGACAUGAAGUACUUUUAAAUCAACAUGUCUGUUUUCUGACAUUACACAUAGAGUAAACGGAACAGGAGCCGGUGUUAAUUAAGCUGUGCAACACAAGAGCACGGAGAACUGCGGGAAACUCUGUGUGUCGACUUGGAUAAUGAGUAAUUCAACCAAGAUAAAUUUCAUUAGAUUAGACUAACUUUAUUGAUCCCAGAAAGGAAAUGCUUGAAUUUGAAUUUCUUGAGUAGUUCAACUAUGAACUAGACGAGUAUAGGGUCAGUCCGCGCCAAAUCAACCAAUGUCCAGACAAGUUCCAUGGGCAUCAUUCCUGAUUUUGAUGAAAACUUGGUAUUUUGAUCCUUAAUAGAGAACACUUAAAAUUCCCCAAGUUUUAUUGAAAAAUUCUGAUGGCGUCCAAAGUUAUGGCCUUUUCAAAUUUGGGUGCCACUUCCCCUCAGGGGAAGCACUUCAAAGUUAUGGACCUGGAAAAAUCAGUUUUUGGUUCAACCUCGGACACUUUUUUCGGAUUUUGACCCCAAGUUGUGGGGUCACCACCACACCUACAUCCAAUAUUCUUCUAUAUUUUUGUUAUUUGAGGAAGAUACUGUAAGCAGAUGCAAAUUUAUUCUAAAUAACCAUUUAUUCUUUGAUAUAUUGCCAUCUGAAAAUGGUCACAGGUGAGAAAUCCCCCACAGGACCCCCUACUUCGGGGGCGUGGUCAACUGUGUAGAUAGUUAGUGAUGGGAAUGAAACUUAUACAGUUGAAAGAAGCAUAUCUGAACUAUAAAUGCUGAAAAUAUAACUAUCUCAACUCAGCUCCUUCAGCAUAUAGUAUUCCAGUCAAAAAAUGAGCAUUUGGCACGCAUCACCCCCCCCCCCCCCUGCAAAUAACUUCCAAGCAAUAUGGCCCUUUACAUUCCAUACAUCUAUGAACUAAUGCUGGCUGAUGCUGUCAAAAUCAUUUUUACACUAAAUCAAGGUAUUAGGUAGGCAACUACAACUGAGUUAGGUGCCAAACAUGGGGCCUAGAUAUGGUUUUCAUUACGACUGCCUACCAUGGUGUUGACAGGUGUGGCUUGUUAGGGAUUCAAUCCCAGAACAAACACUCUAAGGUUUUCAAACUGCCAAACUUUCAAAAUAGUUUAAAAUAUUAUCAUAACAUAGUCUAUCAUAGUAAAAACAGGUCACACUGGCCAAGCCUAGGUAAGUAUUAUCAACCUAACUCCAGUGGAAACUGUCACAUCAUGUAUGUAGUCUAAUUGGUACAUUGGCUUGUUUAGGAAUGUUUCACAUCCUGGAUAAGUAUUACUAAGAAUGAUGUCAAUUCCAAGAAAAGGCCUAAUUGCUGUACAUUCUGUUUCUUUCCUAAGACACAAGGCAGUCAUUUCAUUAGUGAGUUGACUUCCCAAUAACCAACAUGGAUUCGGUUGCCAUGGCUUGUAAAUCCUCCCUGGAUACCUGCUCCAUUGGAGACUUCUUGAAACAAGAAUGCCACAAAUUUCAUUACUGUCGAAAGUCAGGACUAUUGAAUGUGACUGAUUUUAGUGAAAUUGAUAGGAAGUUGAUGCAGUGGAGAUGUGACUAUCAGUUUCAAGAUGGUGACAACGUUUGCUUUCAUCAUGAGAAAAUGUACCUGUCACGUUACAAGAGCCUGCAGAAGUACUGUGCUGACCCUUUUACAGUUCACAAGAAACAUAUCACAAAAUCUCUGGUAGUCGUCGACGAAGCCACUGCACAAAAGCUGCGGAACCUGAAAACUGGCCAAAAGUUAUGUUCGACAUGUAUGAAGAGAGCAUCUGAAGAAGAGAAGGAUUUCACGGAGCAGUCCGAUUCGAGUGAAGACUUCCAGUGCCAGGAUCUGUCAUCUGAAUCACUUGAUGAUACUGUUAGGAUUUUGGAUUGUAGUCCACUCAAAUCCGUUGGUAAUCGAGACAGAAUUUCUUAUGCCAAACGAAAACUAAACCAGGUGCAUUCUGCUGUGAAGGAAAAAUGUGCACGUGCCCUGAAUUUUCCUGUAGAUUUUCUUGAAUCCCUUGACGAGGAAAAAGAAUGCCAAGGGUGUAAGGACUUGGACAGAUUACUGACACUUUUAAAGGAGAGAGUAAGGAGUGCCCCAAACCACCGCGAGAAAAUUAAGCUUCUCACCCUAGCACCUGAGAGUUGGUCUCAACAGCAGACUGCCAAGGAAUUUGGUGUCACUAUCUAUCUGGUAAAGCGUGCCAGAGAACAUAAGAAAAAGGAGGGCAUAUUGGCUGAAGUGGCACCUAAGAAGGGUUGGGCUCUUUCGGAGGAUAUUGUUCAGAGAAUUAUUGCUCAUUAUCAGGACGAAGAAUUCUCAAGAAUGUGUCCAGGUAUGAAGGACUGUGUUUCUGUGAAAACUGAUGACGGCACGGUUUAUAAGCAAAAGCGCCUCAUCCUGGUUAAUUUGAAGGAACUGUAUCUUGAGUACACUAAGAGGCAUCCAGAUGAUGAUGUAGGCAUCUCCAAGUUUUGUGAGUUACGUCCACUUUGGUGCAGGACGGUAAACGCCUCUGGCAUGCACUCAGCUUGUGUAUGCCAGAUCCACCAAAAUGUGAAACUAAUGACUGCUGCCCUUCCAGGAUCAGAUACAUACAAGGACAUUCUUGAGAAAAUGGUGUGUUGCACUGAGAACAGAGACUGCAUGUUGCAUCUCUGUGAUGAUUGCCCUGGGAGUGACGCUUUAGACCUGUAUCUCACAAAUUUGUUCAAGGAUUCAGAAUAUGAUUUGGAUGAUGAGAUAUCGUUUCAACAAUGGGGGCAAACAGAUCGCACUGAAAUAGUUACCAUGACAAUGUCUGUCCAAGAAUUCAUUGAUAAAAUAUGUGAUGCUUUUGAUAAUCUAAGAGAGCACCAUUUCAUUGCCAAAGCUCAGGCAAAAUAUCUUCGUGAAACAAAAGAAAAUUUGUGUGCAGGUGAAGCUGUCAUUCUUCUUGACUUUGCUGAGAAUUAUAGUUUUAUCGUGCAGGAUGCAGUGCAGGGCUUCCACUGGAACACUGCACAAGCUACCCUCCACCCAUUUGUAGUUUAUUACAAAGAUGGAGGGGAGUUGAAGUCAUUGAGCCUGUGUGUAAUCUCUGACUGCCUCAGGCAUGACACCUUUGCUGUUCAUGCCUUCAUCUCAAAGGUGUUGGAUAACAUAAGAAAUGAACUUCCUCCCAUAUCAAGGAUAAUGUAUUUCAGCGAUGGGGCAGCAGGCCAAUACAAGAACUGCAAAAAUUUUUCAAACCUGUGCAACCACAAAGAGGACUUUGGUAUUUUGGCCGAGUGGCAUUUCUUUGCAACCAGCCAUGGCAAGAGUCCAUGUGAUGGCAUUGGUGGCACUGUGAAGAGACUCACCGCAAAAGCAAGCCUCCAGGCAACCACAUCAGGUCAGAUUCUUACCCCAGGUGGAAUGUUUAAGUGGGCAUCUCAGCAUAUCACUGGGAUUCAGUUCUUUUUUGUUACCAGCCAAAAUAUCUCAGAAAAUGCAGAAAAGUUCAAACUGACUGAAAGGUUUGCUCUGGCUAAAACUCUAACAGGAACUCGAUCCCACCAUUGCUUCCUCUUGUCCGACAAUGAGGAGUUGAUGAUGAAGCGAAUAUCUGCUGAUGUUGACCACUCUCAAGUCUGCACCCCUGGGGUUAAUGAUGAGGUAAAGGAGGAUCAAUUGCUGCCUGGGAAGUAUGUUGCAUGUCUUUAUGAUAGAAAGUGGUAUGUUGGAUGCAUCUUGGAGUAUUCUCAGGAAGAACAUGACGUUAAAGUGGACUUCAUGAAACAUUCAGAAUCAAGUGGACUUUUCAGCUGGCCAAGUGAAAAUCGUAGAGACAAAUGUUGGAUUCCAGUGCAGCAUGUUCUCUGUUUUAUUGGUGCACUUGAUUCACAGGGCCAGAGUACUCGUUUUUACAAAUUUUCUUUGGAUGAUGAGGACAGAAUUGAACGAAACUUCCUGAAGCAUUGACCUGUCACAGGAACUGUGUUAGUCCGGAUGGAUUGACCAAAGAAUAUCUAAGAACUGUGAACAUGGCUUCUCAUUAAUUCAAUGAUGCUACUAGUAGGUUUUUCAAAUUUUAAGAUCGGAUUUACAUAUCUCUGUCUGACAGUGCUCCUUCUCAUUAGAUUCACAUUUCAAGAGGGGUAUUCUCAAAAAUGACGUCUUGGCAGCUGAACGGAAAGACUUGAAAAUGUCAUAUUUGACCCGGGGAGUUUAUAUUGAAGGAGUUGAGUUGAGAUUGAAACAUAUCAAAGAAUAAAUGGUUAUUUAGAAUGAAUUUGCAUCUGCUUACAGUAUCUUCCUCAAAUAACAAAGAUAUAGAAUAAUAUUGGAUGUAGGUGUGGUGGUGACCCCACAGCUUGGGGUCAAAAUCCAAAAAGUGUCUGAGGUUGAACCAAAAACUGAUUUUUUGCAAGUCCAUAACUUUGAAGUGCUUCCCCUGAGCUUAAUUUUGCCAGAUUCUGAAAGAACAGGGCAAAGUACGCCAGGAAAGCAAUGUUCAGCUCUCUUGCAUGCUUAGAAGCGAAGAUAUGGUCUCCUGAAAACCCUUACAAAUUAUAUGCGCGAUUCGCGAGUGCAAAAAAGGGGCGUGGCAGCCAAAUUUGAAAGGGCCACAACUUUGGACUGCAUGAGAAUUUUUCAAUAAAACUUGUGUAAUUUUCAGUGUUGUCUAUAAGGAUCAAAAAUACCAAGUUUUCAUCAAAAUCAGGAAUGAUGCCCAUGGAGCCCUUGGUUGGUUUGGUACGGACUGACCCUAUAUUCCUGCACUGGUUAAUAGCUUGUUUUAUAAAUGUAGUAUUUUAUACAGUAAAUGUAUCCCCUCUACUGAUUUAAAAAAGAAAUGAUCAUAAAUACACAAUACAGUUGAUUGUAUUCUGCUCUCGUGACUGAUCUCAAAUGCACUGGGAUGAUGUUAUUAGUAUUUUUCUAUAAAGGUGCAGGGUAUUCCAUGUGGUGAUUAAUCGCACUACGGUAAUAUUUAACUGAUAAAUUCAAAGGCAGUAUUACACAAGGCUUGUUACCGAUGUUGAUGCUCCUUGACAUUGUGGAGUAUUAGUCUGCCAAGUAAAUUACUCUGGUCAGUCAUUUCAGGCUAAUAAUAAUAUUUAUGCUAGUAGUACUGUUAAUAAUAAUGGCAACAAUAACGUGGGAUAUAGCCCAUUCAUUUUCUAACCCUUUAUUCUGGUCAGGCUCACAGGGGGUCCUGGGGCCUCUCAGGUAGCAUAGGUCAGAAGGUGGGGGGGUGCACCCUGGAUGGGACACCAGGCCAUACAUACAUACUCCUAUGGGCAAUUUGCCAUACAUACAUAUUCCUAUGGGCAAUUUAGCGAUGCCUGUUAUCCUAGUCGCAUUUCUCUGGAACGUGAGAGGCAAUUGGAGUACCCAUGGUGUCAGAUGUUUAAUUGAAAAUAGCAAGUGAUAAACAAUAAUUGAAUUCUAAGAAAAAUAUAGCAGUGUAAAUGUUUUCUUGGUUGUUUUUUUACCUUCAGCUUAAUUUUGUAUCACCUUGAAAUUGCUAAUCUUCUGAACCACUAAAAAGCCAUUGUGACUGCAGCGGUGCCUAACACUGUUCUAAAGUUACCUGCGGUUUUUGAAUUGCUUGGUUGAUCCUUCCACCAGUCAAAACUUACCGUAAGAUCAUUCCUUGUGAUUUUCAAUGUUUCAUUUGUUCCACAUUGCACUGAGAUGGACUUUGCAGUCUAUAAACCUCCAUUUUCCCAUUAAACUGUUUUAAAUCAUUAACUGAUUGCUGCUGUUUAACUGAAGGUGCAGGAUGGAUUUGUUUGUAGUGUUUGAUGUUGAGAGGAACAGUUGGGAUUGAAAAGUUUGUGUCUCUAGGGCAUUAAAGUGAAAAUCAGCCUCAAGUUAAAACACACAUAUUUCUUAGGUAAUAUAUUAAAAUGUUUAUGUGGUUCUGUUUGUCAUAUUCAUAUAUGCUACAGUUUUUAAUAGCAUUUGUGUUUCUCGUUGAUUUAUAUGAUGUGGACACAAUUUGUAUAUUUGUAUUAAAGCAGCGAUCAAUAUAGGGAAAAUUAUGACAUAUUGCACAAACCGGCAUCUUUACAGAUGUUACAACAGGUGCAGUUUCCGAGAAAAGAAAAAACAUUAAACUAGGAAGAUCUGCCGUCUAAC